UAGUGUUUUACUGUGAAAGAGAAAUUCGUAAAAAUGUAUUAUGGACAAGAUUAACGUUAAUUUAUAUUGAUUUUAAUUUAAAUAAAAGUGAAAAAAAACAUACAGUGAACAAGUACAAAUUAAUAGUGAUAAAAAUGAUUCCGUUAAAUUUAUUUAUGUCAGUGUUGUGUCUACGACUGUCUUUUGCAUAUUCAGCACCCUUGCAGUUGCAAUUACUUCAGCCUUAUCAAAGACUAAUGAUGCAGCAACAAGAACAGAAUAUUCAACAGCAAUUAAUGGAAUUACAGGCAAUGCAACAAUUUAAUCCAAUAUCAGGACCAAUUCCUUUGAAUAACCCUCUUCCACCACUUCUAUUUUUUAUACCAGAACAUCAAAAGAAUACGCACGUAGAAGAUCAAAACACUAACAACAAUAUUGGUAGCGAAUUAAAGCUAAGAGAUUAUAAUACGAAAUCAAAAGAUGAAGAUUCAGACUCAGUUGUAAUAAAUGCUGAACCGAUACCAAUAAUAGAAGAACAGAAAGCUAUUUUAAUGCUACCAAAUGGAAGAUUCUCAAUCGGAGAUUUUAUUUCAGCCAUACCCUUUUUACCGAUAGAAAUUAACGUACCUGAUACGAUUUCUUGGGCAUAUAAUGGUAUUGCUAAUGGAAUAGCCGGUAUCAUAUCGAUUAUUGGUCAAAGGUUGCCUUUUCAAAGGCCUUCAAUGGAUGCAGCUACGAAAGGCAUAAGCUUAAAGUCGUUAAUUAAUAACUUGCAAGUGAGGAAUGAAAAAGAAAACAUGAUGAGGCCUAUUAAUAUGAUGAUGCCAUUAAAUGGCUUUAACAGGCCGAUAUUACCAGUGCAAUUAUGAGCAAGUUUUAUUUGUAUUCAUAAAUGUCGAAAAGUAUUAAACGAAAAAAUAUUAUUAUCAACGAUCGAAUCGAUGUGACGAUCCCUAUGGUAGUAAUUAGGAUGAUAAAAUAUAAUAAAUACAACAACAAAUAAGUUAAUAAAAAACUGCUGCAAUAAAAAUUUAAAUAAAAACAAAAUUAUUGAAAUAAUCUUUAUUUAUUGACACGAAUGUAAUUAUUACAAAAUUUUUUAUGAUUAUUGGCAAUAAAAUCUUACAUUAAAAGCUAAUAUUAAACAAGACUGGGUUCAAGAGAUUAACUGAGAAUCAAAAGAGAGAUACAUAUACUACAACAUGUAUUAAUUAAUAAACCUAAUCCAUCGCGAAGCAAAGUUACUCUUUUAAACACCAGUCCAAUCCAAUCAUGAAAUUUGUGAAAAUAAAUUCAAAAAAAUUUAACCAAAAUAGACGGACUCUUAAUUCUAGAAAGUUCCAUUACUUUCGUUAAAACAUUAUAAGUAAAAGUGCUAAUGAAAUGAUUACAAACAGCUACUUUAACCUACUUAACUAAAUUGGCAACGCAAAUUACUUUAUAACAUCUUUUAGAAAUCAAUAAAGAUUCCAAAUAUGCAAGCAUAGUUUAUAACAAUUAUCAUCAUGAAAUAAUUAUA